AUGGCCAGCACAACGGCCUCAGCACGACGAGACGGCUCUCCGUCCGUUACGCCGCGGACGAGCUUCUCACCUUCCUCCCAGCCUCCUGGUCUCAUCUUACUCGUCUACCCCAUCACGUUGAUCGUUGGAGCGAUCUUCAGAACCAUCUCUCCCACCGCGAGGGAUGCCCGCGUCGAGAAGCCUCUAGCACCCACGCUGGCAUCUGAUCUGAACGUACCGCAUCAUCCAUCCUCGGUAAACUACUUCGCUCGCAAGGACAAUAUCUUCAACUUGUACUUUGUCAAGAUUGGCUGGCUGUGGACUACGCUCGCUUUCGUCGUAUUGCUGCUGACGCAGCCGGCGUAUUCGAAUUCGAGGACGCGGGGCAGAAGGACGGUCCAGGCGUUGGCGCGUUAUGGGAUUGUGACCUUUGCGUGGAUAUUGACAACGCAGUGGUUCUUCGGGCCGGCGAUAGUUGAUCGCAGUUUUGUCCUUACUGGAGGCAGAUGCGAGGACGUACGGCCCAAGACCCCGGGACAUCCGGCUUCGGAGCUGAGUGCGGUGUUUACGGCUGCGGCGUGCAAAGCGGCCGGGGGUGCAUGGCGCGGUGGGCAUGAUGUGAGCGGACAUGUGUUUAUGCUCGUCCUGGCAAGCGCCUUCUUGGUCUUUGAGGCUUUGGGCGCGUCUAGGGCGGAGAGCGGAACAUCUGUCGAAGGCAGCAAAGCGAAACAGGACAGUGAAGAACCGGCUGAGAAGCAGUCAGAUCUUUCCCCAGAUGACACAGUUAAAGUCUGGGGCCUGCGGUUCGUGUGGGGAGUAGCAGGACUGAGCUGGUGGAUGCUCUUCAUGACUGCCAUCUGGUUCCAUACAUGGUUGGAGAAGAUAUCCGGUUUGGCCAUCGCCAUUGGCGCUGUUUAUAUUAGCUACUUCCUUCCUAGGAUUCUGUCCCCUUGGAGAGAUAUUGUCGGAUUUCCCGGUGUAUAG